CCUGACCCCCCGCCCCCCCAGACGCUGCUGCUGCAGAGGGCGAAGCGGGAUCUGGAGCGGGAGGAGCAGGAGCGGGCGGCGGAGAAGCUGCGGCACCUGGGGGAGCUGUGCCCCCCCCUGGCGCUCGAGGGGCUCGGCCUCCCCCAGCUCCAGGUGGGGGACACGGGGACAGAGGACAUGGGGACACGGGGACAGACGGACAUGGGGGACAUGGGGGAACGGCGCCGGCGCGUGGCCGGGGGCCGGUUCGUGCGGCCGGCGCUGCGGCGGGUGCGGCUGUCGGCUGACGCCAUGAUGGCGGCACUGCUGGGGUCCAAGCACCGCGUGGGCACCGACCUGCGGGCGGGGCUGCGGCAAGUGCGCAAGGACGACGCCGAGAAGGAGAGCCGGGAGGUCGGGGACUGGCGGAAGAACGUGGACGCGCUGAGCGGGAUGGAGGGGCGCAAGAAGAAGUUUGAGGCGCCGGGAGCGGCCACGGCCUGA